AUGUCUGCAUCAAACGUAUCCUACCAAGGAGGCACUUACUCAAAGUUUAGACCUAGCUAUUCUGAUGAAAUUUACUCUUUAAUUUACAAAUACCAUGACCAAGACAAUGGUGAAUAUAACCUUGUCAUUGAUUCUGGCACUGGCACUGGACAAGCCGCUGUUGAAUUAUGUAAAAAGUUCAAGAGCGUGUAUGGCAUUGAUACUUUGCCUGAGCAGAUUAAUAAUGCUACACUCAGAGACAACAUAACGUAUCAAGUAGGCCCAGGCGAGGACUUGUCCCAAUUUGAAGAUCACUCUGUAGACAUGAUUACUGUAGGCACUGCCUUUCACUGGUUUGAUCAUGACAAGUUUUUCACAGAAGCAAAACGUGUCCUGAAGCAUAAAACAGGCACCUUGGCUAUUUUUGGGUACUAUUACCCUGUUAUUUCUAAUGAACCUAAAGCAAAUGAGCUUGUAAAGGAACUCUUGGACAAAUUUGAAAAGUACACGAACCCCAAUAUUCGAUUCGUUCGAAACAUGUAUCGUAAUAUUGCCUUUCCCUUCAAGGAACAAGCUUGGUACAUUACACCAAAGUUAGAGGACACAACCAACAUCAGUCUACCCACUACUGGAUCCCUGAUGGAAGCAUCAAUGACCAUAGAGAACUACCGCCACUACAUGAAAACUGCAUCUGCUUAUUUCAACUACAUGGAGGAUCACCCCAACGAUGACCCUGUUGACCAGUUGGUUGAUGAUAUCAUUAAGACACUCAAUAUUACAGACAAUCAACAUAUCAUCAACCUGGAAUGGCCCACAGCUUUAGUAUUAGCGAGAAAUGAUUAG